CCUUCCUUGUUCGCUGCCGGCCCCUCCGCAACUCGAGGUUUGUUUCGCUUCGCCCUCCUUUCCCCGCGAUGCAGCCCUACAUGGUUAACAUCAAGCUGUCAGCUCGGACGCUCACUGGGGCGCUCAGCCCUCAGAACCGGGGAGCGGCGGACUGGGGCUGGCAAGGCUUGAUUGCGUAUGGAUGCCAUUCUCUUGUUUUAGUGAUUGAUUCCAAGACUGCUCAGACCCUACAGGUUUUGGAAAGACACAAAGCUAAUGUUGUAAAGGUUAAAUGGGCUAAAGAAAACUAUCAUCACAAUAUUGGAUCACCUUAUUCUCUGCGCUUGGCUUCAGCUGAUGCCACUGGAAAGAUCAUUGUUUGGGAUGUGGCUACAGGAGCUGCUCACUGUGAAAUCCAAGAGCACACAAAACCCAUUCAGGACAUGCAGUGGCUCUGGAGCCAGGAUGCCUCUCGAGAUCUGCUGCUUGCAGUUCACCCUCCAAAUUACAUUGUGCUAUGGAAUGCAGAUACAGGCACCAAACUUUGGAAGAAAAGCUAUGCAGAAAACAUCCUUUCUUUUUCAUUUGAUCCCUUUGAUCCAUCCAAUCUAACAUUGCUUACAAGUGAGGGAAUAGUGUUUAUAUCGGACUUCUCUCCUUCAAAGGCCCCUGCCAGUUCAGGGAAAAAAGUUUACAUUUCCAGCCCUCGUUCUAGUCCCAUUCAUAACAAGCUAGUAUCUGCUACAGGUGCUAAAAAGGCACUGGACAAAGUAAAAAUUCUCAUCACAAAUGAAAAGCCAAGUGCUGAAUCUGUAACACUGAAUGACUGCCUUCAGCUGUCCUACCUGCCUUCCAAAAGAAACUACAUGUUGUUACUCUACCCAAGAGAAAUACUGAUUCUUGACCUAGAAGUAAACCAGACAGUGGGGGUGAUAGCAAUCGAAAGAACAGGAGUGCCUUUUCUACAGGUAAUCCCAUGUGUUCAGCGUGAUGGAUUGUUCUGCCUACAUGAAAACGGUUGUAUAACUUUGAGAGUUCGCAGAUCUGUCAGCAAUAUAAGCAGUACAAGUGACGAUCCAGACCCUGAUCCCAUUCAAGAGCUCAUUUAUGACUUACGAAGUCAGUGUGAUGCUAUCAGAGUUACCAAGACAGUUCGGCCCUUCAGUAUGGUGUGUUGUCCAAUUAAUGAAAAUUCUGCAGCUCUUGUGGUCAGUGAUGGCAGAGUAAUGAUAUGGGAGUUGAAAUCUACCAUUUCAGGCCGAAGUCUACGCACUAGCAAUUCAAGUGCAUCUCCUUUGUAUUCACCUGUCUCUUUCUGUGGAAUUCCUGUUGGACCAUCUCAGAACAAACUUCCAGAUUUGUCAUUAGAUAAUAUGAUAGGUCAAGGCAUGAUUUCUGGUGAAGAUCAACUGAAAAGUUACUGUGUGCAAGAAGUGCAUCUCAAGUUCCUGUUAACAGGGCUUCUUUCAGGACUUCCUUUACCUCCAUUUGCUACUCGUAUGUGUCCACCACUCACCACAAAAAAUAUAAAGCAGUAUCAGCCCCUCCUUGCUGUUGGAACAAGCAAUGGCUCUGUCUUGGUGUACAACCUUACCAGUGGGCUUCUACAUAAAGAGUUAAGCAUUCAUUCCUGUGAAGUCAAGGGCAUUGAGUGGACAAGCUUGAGCGGCUUCCUUUCUUUUGCCACAUCAACACCGAAUAAUCUGGGGCUAGUAAGAAACGAACUGCAGUUAGUUGAUCUUCCUACAGGUAGGAGCAUUGCAUUUCGUGGGGAACGAGGCACUGAUGAGCCAGCCAUUGAAAUGAUAAAGGUAUCUCACUUGAAGCAGUAUUUGGCAGUUGUAUUUAAAGAUAAACCUUUGGAACUAUGGGAUAUCAGGACGUGUACCCUUCUGAGAGAAAUGUCCAAAAACUUUCCUACAAUCACUGCUUUGGAAUGGUCACCUUCGCAUAACCUGAAGAGCUUAAGAAAGAAGCAGCUUGCAGCCCGUGAAGCUAUGGCCCGGCAAACUGUAUCUGAUACUACUGAACUUAGCACUUUAGAAUCUUCCAUGAUUAGCUUAUUACAGGAAGCUGAGAGCAAGUCUGAACUGAGCCAGAACAUUUCUGCUAGAGAGCACUUUGUGUUUACAGAUACUGAUGGACAAGUUUAUCACUUGACAGUAGAAGGGAAUUCUGUCAAAGACAGUGCAAGAAUUCCCCCUGAUGGCAGUAUGGGCAGCAUUACAUGCAUUGCAUGGAAAGGUGAUACCUUGGUUCUUGGAGAUGUUGAUGGAAAUCUGAACUUCUGGGAUUUAAAAGCCAGAGUGUCUAGAGGCAUCCCCACACAUCGAGGCUGGGUGAAGAAGAUACGCUUUGCCCCUGGAAAAGGCAACCAAAAACUGAUAGCCAUGUACAAUGAUGGUGCUGAAGUUUGGGAUACAAAGGAGGUACAGAUGGUCAGCAGUCUAAGAAGUGGAAGAAAUGUCACCUUCCGAGUACUUGAUGUUGACUGGUGUACCUCAGACAAAGUGAUCUUAGCAUCAGACGAUGGAUGCAUCAGAGUGCUAGAGAUGACAAUGAAAUCAGCCUGUUUUAGAAUGGAUGAGCAAGAACUCUCAGAACCUGUGUGGUGCCCGUAUCUUCUUGUUCCAAGAGCUUCCUUAGCUUUAAAAGCAUUCUUGCUGCACCAACCUUGGAAUAAUAAGUAUUCUCUGGAUAUUUCUCACAUAAAUUAUCCAGAGAAUGAAAACAUUAAAAAUCUGUUGCAAGAACAAUUGUAUUCAUUGUCCAAUGACAUCAAGAAACUUUUGCUUGAUCCAGAGUUCACCCUUGUGCAGCGCUGUCUCCUGGUUGCAAGGCUGUACGGGGAUGAAUCUGAACUGCAUUUCUGGACAGUUGCUGCUCAUUAUUUGCAUGCUUUUUCCCAGGAGAAAACAUUAACAGCAAAAGCAGAGGAUCUUUUUUCUCAAGAAAAAUGGAUCAGUCCAUUAGAUAUCUGUUAUGAUACACUCAGUGAAAACUCAUCUUUCCAGAAAUUCCAGCUUGAAAGAGUCAAUCUUCAAGAAGUUAAAAGGUCAAAUUAUGAUCACACCAGGAAAUGCACUGACCAGUUACUUCUGUUGGGCCAGACUGACAGAGCUGUUCAACUACUUUUGGAGACAAAUGCAGAGAACUCCUGCUACUACUGUGAUUCACUCAAGGCUUGUUUAGUCACAACAGUCACCUCCUCAGGUCCUUCCCAAAGUACCAUCAAAUUGGUAGCAACCAACAUGAUUGCAAAUGGAAAGCUGGCAGAGGGUGUUCAGUUGCUGUGUUUAAUAGAUAAAGCCGCUGAUGCCUGUCGUUACCUGCAAACCUAUGGUGAAUGGAAUCGAGCAGCGUGGCUUGCAAAAGUUCGCCUGAACUCAGAGGAAUGUGCUGAUGUUUUGAAGCGUUGGGUUGACCAUCUUUGUUCUCCACAAAUCAAUCAGAAGUCCAAAGCCAUCCUUGUUCUCCUUUCCCUAGGUUGCUUCAUAAGAGUGACAGAGAUGCUGCACAGCAUGAGGUAUUUUGACAGGGCUGCCUUAUUUGUUGAAGCCUGUCUAAAGUACGGUACCAUUGAAGUUAAUGAAGAUGCAAAGAAACUAAUCCAUGCAGUGUUUGCAGACUAUGCCAGAAACUUGAAGACUCUGGGCUUUUUGCAGGCUGCAACUUUGUUUGCCUCCAAAGCAGGGGCAGCUGGCAGAGAUUUACUGAAUGAACUCCAGCAGCUUAAAGAAGAAGGCCUUACAGAGUGAAAACCCUAAAUGAACCACUAAAACUUGAGAUGUUCUAUCAGACUGAGUCGUCAAUGCAGUAACUCUUUACAGAUGAUAAAUAGGGGAUUGCUUUGGUGAAACAAAUGUUCUUGGUCAUAACAGAAGUUAUAAAUACAUGUGUGAAGAUUUUUUUUCACAGUUGGUAUAGAGAGCUUGAUUAAUAUAAAGCAAAAGUUUAUAUUUCACUUUAAUCAAAAAUUCAGGAUGGAAGGAAAAGCAAAUGCUCAUCUCUAAGGUGUUUCAGGAAAUUUAUGAAAAAUUAUAGAAAGACUAGUCCAAGACAUUUUACUGCCUGAGGCAGCUGUAUCACAUCAGCUGACAGGUGCGGCCCAUAAUCCUUAGCAAAUGAUGUAGGUGACAAAACUUUCAAAUGGCACGAAGCCAUAUAUCAUCCAACAUUCUCCGCAACAUUAGGAUUUAAUUCUCCAUCAUAUUUUCCCCUCAAAAUUGCUGGCCCAAUCAGCCAUUUCAGAUUGUGUGCUUAUUCAGUACUCGAGUUGAAUUGAUAGCCUUUACUCACAGCUAUGCAAAUAGCAAGAAAGCAAAAGUGUUUCUCUGGGGGUUGUUAGACCAACCUCUGGCCUCUAAUCACAGCUCAGGGAGCUGGGCAAAAGCAUCCAAAUGCUCAUAGUUCCAGGGAACCUUGCAUCCCCUGGACUAGCCCACAGGGAAGCUCCCAAAAGGAUGCUGUGAAGUCCAUGAGCUUGUCUUACCAAGCGUGGGGAACGCUCAGUCUAAUUUAAGUGGCACAUCUUGAUAUUCACUUUGUAAGCUCUUCCACUGUUCUCUCCCUUUCCUUGGAUCAAGGAUAUGAUGAUCAAUCAAAUGCAUAUAUUAUCUCAAUUUAAAUUCUCUCUUUAAUGUCCUCUUCAGUUUACAUCCUUCACAUUUUUUGCAUUCCAUGGUUUUAUAAUAUUUUCUAUGUGUUUCACUAGAAGCAGCAAUUCUUUGUUCUCAAGCACUUGCAAAUAAGCAGCUUUGUUCACUGAAUUAAGUUAUUGAUCAGUUAAUAGUGUGAUAGGUUGCUGAGGAACAAAUGUAUCUGUCUUUAAAUCACAGCAACUGCAAACUAGUCUAUCACUCUUAACAGGAAGUGCUACUUUGGAGCAGCAAAGCAAUAAUGAAGAAUGAUACCAGUGGGAAAAGAACAAAGUGACCCCAUGCCAAGUGCUCAUGAGAAAAAUGCUCUUUUGCUUGUAUUUUCAAAGGCAGCUCUGAAAGCUGGAUAAUUGAUUCUCAGCGAAGUGUAAUGUGCAUUGGACUGUGAAUUCAUUUAACUGUCUUUGAAAAUCUCUUCAGGCUUUGUACCAUAUGGGCUGGUUUAUAGGAUCAGUACACUAGAAAAUCUUUUGAUACAUCCCCUGUCAUUUAAUCAGCAGGGUGUGAUUUCAAGAGCACAAGGGACCAGAACCUGAGAAUAGUUUCAUCCUCAUCUUGCUGAUUUCCUGGAACACACCCUCGCAUUGGUUCAGCACUUCAGUGGUUUAAAGUUUCUUAUGGAUAAUGAUUGUUGAAUGAAUGUAUCACUUUCCAUUGCAAGUUAUAGUUGCUAAUUUGAUGGCUUGAGUAAAAUAGCAGACCUGACGCUUAUUGCUUCAGCACUAAAGGUACUUAGAGACAUCCUGAAACCAUCUCAGGCAAUUAUAUCUUGACUAAAAGCUAGAACUGCUCAGGAUUCUCUUAUACUAUUUGGAAGCAUUGUACACCUCCAGCACGAUGGUAAUCAGAUGAAAAUUCUUGUCUGAAAUUACUUCUUUCAACCUAAAAGACCUGCUUUUAAUUGGACUAGAAGAUCUAUACAUACACAUUGUUCUAUGCAUACAGGUCUGAUACCUACAUUGGAAAUUAAUGAGCAUGUACCCAUGUUAGUUACACUUCAGUAGCAGCAGUUUGGAAUAUGACAGCUGUGUAGAAGAGAAUUUUGUAUUUUUGGUUCACUGUGGAAUUUUCCCCCCAUUCUGUGUAGGGGACCAAAUUUUCUGUUUUGGAAACACAGGCUGAAAAUAUAAAUCCAAAGUGUACUUGCACUUGAAAUCUGGUUAAUCCUUAGUAAUUUAAUGCAAUUUAUUUUAAUAUUCAUCUAACUUGAUAUGAAGGACUUAACAAAAGUAAGUUUUGAAGUCUGCUCUUCCUUGUUUCUAUUUGUCUGUCUUCCAGCCUUUUUACUCUCCUUUUUUCCUGACAUUUUGCUCACUCUCUCCUUCCAAAAGGCAAACAUCUCCUUUGAAAAGCUCACCUCUGCUUUUCUUCAAAUAUAUAUGAUGCACAGUUUCUCAAAGGUACACAGCAAUUCCUCUCCCCACACACGCAUACACAUGACUACAAAUUUGUGAGCACAUUUCUUCUUUUAAUUUUACCCAGGAUAGCACCUUAAGGGGAAAAUGUGAAAGUAAUGGUCUUUAUAUGAAUAGUAGACUUGUCAUUGUUUAUAUGAGGAAGAAAUUGUUUUAACUAGAAUGCCUUUGAAUUGUUUCUCCAUACAUGUUACACAUCAAAAUGUAUACUCCUUCCAGUGUAUUCUAAUGCUUAAUUUACUGAGACAGGAAAUUCAUGAUUGCUUUUGAACCAAGAUUCCCAAGGAAGAUGUUAGAGGAAACUGAGGGUCACUGGAAACCAUAGAGGCAUAAUGCAUAUUUAUGCACUUAUCAAAGGCUAUAUAAGUUUAGCAUUGAAAAGCUAUCAAUAAAACUGGCCUUUAUACUUGUAAUAAAGAAUAGAGUAAGUGAAUGUUAAAUUAUAUUACUAACAUUCCUUACAUGACUCAAUCAGGAUGUUGAGUAAAGCAUUAGUUUUCAGUAGGUUUUAGCAGAAUUUCCCUUAUGGUACUUGCAGACUGACUAGCAGUCUCUGCAAUUUUCACCCUAGAAAUUGACUUCCUGAUAAGUUACUGAUAUUGAGGGAAACCUUACUUUUACUGGUCGUAUUUCUCUGUAUGCUUUACAGUCCAAUUCUACAUGUGUGUACUGAGAAGUAUGUCUUGCUAAGUGGAGUGGGAUUUAUUCUCAAAUAAAUGUGUAGAAUUACAGUCUUAUAAUACAGUCUGUAUAUUUUGCACAGCACAGAAGUGAUUUCUAUCAAUCUCUUUGUACAAAGAUGAAUGAAUCAUUAUAAAAUGCUUUUUUGUUAAAUCAGGAAUCGGUUAUUAAAAUCAGCUCUAAAAACUG